AUGGAGGCUGUAUUCAUAGGACUUGCUAUUGGAACAAGUUCAGAAGGGGAUACUCGUAGAACUUUGUGCAUUGAGAGCGAGAGACAAACUCUUCUCAAGUUUAAGCAAGGUUCGUCAAUACUUGAGAGUAAUAUUACUCCUUCAUUGCUUGAAUUGCAGCAUCUGAAGUACUUGGACCUUAGUUACAAUCAUUUUGGUAGAAGUCGAAUACCAGAUUUCAUUAGUUCUUUUCCAAGACAGGAAUACCUUAAUCUUGAGUCUACUGACUUCGUAGGUGAUCAUAUCCCUCACAAUCUUGGGAAACUUACUCAUUUGCAGAUUCUUGAUCUUAGCCUGAACUAUGGUUUAGUAGCGAAGAGCCUUGAGUGGCUUCCUCGUCUUGCUUUAUUACGUGACCUUGACCUUAAUAUGUGGUUUUUCAACUUGAGUACAAGAUUUAUUGCCAUAGAUCUCUCUUCUAACCAUUUAAGAGGUCCCAUCCCUGAAGCCUUUGGUUAUAUGAAACAUCUUGAGGUCAUUAAACUUGCUGCAAAUACUUUAGAAGGUGUAUUGCCCAAAGCUUUUGGGAAUUUGAGUCACUUAAAAACCCUUGGUUUGUCAUCGAAUAAAUUCAACCAACCACUUCCUGAAUUACUUCUACAUUUGUCUGGUAAAGCAGAAACAUCACUUGAAGAAUUGAGUUUAUCUGGCAAUCAUCUUAGUGGUUCACUACCUGACAUUACCAGAUUUUCCUCCUUAAAAAGUUUGAACUUGCAAGAGAAUCAACUGAAUGGAUCUUUCCUAGAAAGCUAUGGGCAGACUUCCAAGAUCGAAGUUCUCAAUUUAUCCGGGAAUCAAAUUACAGGAUCUUUGCCAAACUUAACAACAUUCUCAGCAUUGAAAGAGUUGCAUUCCACCUCCCUUCGCUUCAGGGUCUUAGGGGCUGCUCUUCCUCGCUUUCGGGGGGAAUUCAAGUCAAAAUCUAGUAUAAGGAGGAAGCGAAAGGCUCAAAGAUAUUCUACCCAUAAAGGAAGUUCUCCUAUAUGGCAAUACUAG